AUGACUAUAGUCCUCAACCCCGUCUGGGUCAAUGGCGUCCAGAAGCUAAAAGUCGUCCCGCAGCCCCCGCCAAAGCCGCCACGCGGGCUUGUCCCCCCUGCGCUGGACGAGGCGACGCACACCGUGCGCUGCCUCAACCAGCUGCGCUCGAAGGACAAGAGCAUCGAAAAGUAUAUCUACCUCACUCAGCUCAAAGAUGCGGACCCUCGCACGUUCUAUAGACUCUGUCUGGCUAAUAUGUCUGAAUUCACACCCAUAAUUUACACCCCGACAGUCGGCGACGCGUGCCUGCAGUUCUCGCAUAUCUUCCGCAGACCGGAGGGCUUGUACGUGUCCAUUAAGGACAAGGGCAGCAUUGGCAAGGUGCUCCGCAAUUGGCCUCGCAUUGAUGAGGCACGAAUUGCUGUUGUGACUGAUGGAUCGCGAAUUCUCGGACUCGGUGAUUUGGGCCUCAAUGGAAUGCCGAUCUCCAUCGGCAAGCUUUCGCUAUACGUCGCGGGUGCAGGAAUACGACCGUCCUCUACUGUACCCAUCUGCCUCGACCUGGGCACGAACAACCAGAAGUUCCUCGAGGACCCGCUCUACCUCGGCUUGCGCCAGCCGCGCGUGACGUCCGAAGAGAUGACCGAGUUCAUGGAGGAGUUCAUGCACGAGAUGUCCGUGCUCUUCCCGAAGCUCCUGAUCCAGUUCGAGGACUUCUCGACGGACAACGCGUUCGCGUACCUCGCGCGCUUCCGCGAACGGUAUCCGCUGUUCAACGACGACAUCCAGGGCACGGGCGCAGUCGUGCUCUCUGGGUUCGUGAACGCCACGCGCCUUGCGUCUGCCGCGAGCGGUCGUCCGCUCAAGGACCACCGCAUCCUGUUCCUCGGCGCGGGGUCCGCCGGCGUCGGUGUCGCGAUGCAGCUCAUGAACUUCUUCAAGCUGCAGGGGCUCUCCACAGAGGAGGCGCGCCGCCGCAUCUGGCUCGUCGACUCCCAGGGGCUGAUUUUCGACAGCCGCGGACCCAUGGCGGAGCACAAGAAGUACUUCUCGCGCCCGGACUAUGAGGGCCCGCCCAUGACGAACCUCACGGACGUCAUUAACCAUGUCCAGCCUACUGCGCUGCUUGGAUUGUCGACGAUGAAGGGCGCGUUCAACCAGUCGGUUAUUGAGGCCAUGUCUGCGCUAAACCCUCGCCCCAUCAUCUUCCCCCUCUCGAACCCCGUCCGGCUGUCUGAGUGUGAGUUCGAUGAGGCGGUUCAAUGGUCGCGCGGGCAGGUCAUCUUCGCGUCGGGGUCCCCGUUCCCCGAGCAGGAGUAUGACGGCCGCACACUGUACCCGGGACAAGGAAACAACAUGUAUAUCUUCCCGGGGCUCGGGCUUGGCGCGAUCCUCGCACGCGUAUCCUCUGUGACGGAUAGCAUGGUUGAGGCGUCGUCGCUUGGCCUUGCGGACUCGCUCACGCCGGAGGAGCGUUCGCAGGAUCUGAUCUACCCGCGCGUGGAGCGCAUUCGUGAGAUCAGCGCGCACAUCGCCCACAAAGUGAUCCGGGCGGCGCAACGUGCAGGAGUUGAUAGGAAUGCGGAGAUCAAGGACAUGUGGGACGACCAGUUGCUUGAAUGGAUUAAGAGCAAGAUGUGGAACCCAUGA